GCAAAUUAACGCCUGACGUUUAGCACUUUCAAAUGAAAAUAGUUGGGAACACUGCGACACAUCGCGUGUCUAUUCCUGAAACAUGUAUUUUUACAAACUUGUCGUUAGUGUCUUGUGUCUGACUAUGUCUGUAGGUUUGGCAGAGGGCAGGCGAAUGCGCAGAAGACGCGGCGUUUGUGAGUACGGUACUUACCCGCAUCUGGGGAAAACCUGCUGCUUGUGUCCCAGCGGCUACCGGGUUAUAUCUGAUUGCGAAGACAACAUUGCUACACAAUGUGAAAUCUGCCAGGAUGGCUUCUUUGCGACACACCCAAACAGUGAACACACUUGCCAUCGCUGUAGAGACUGUGAUCCUGAGAGAACUAAAAUGGAGAUGACGGAUUCUUGUUCGAGGAAUUCUGAUGCUGUCUGUGAAUGUCAGGAGAAUUAUUACUGCGACAAAGGUCACCUGUGCAGGACCUGUCAACCCUGUGACAAGUGUGAGGAACAAGGAGCUGUGGAAAGACCAUGCACAUUAACCAAAAACACAGUGUGCCGUGCUGUCAAAAUGUCUAAAGGAGGCAUUGUAGCUGUAGUUGUGGUGACAGUCAUUCUCAUCAUUGGGCCUUUGAUGGUGGUUUGUUUUCUACACCAAAAAAAAAAGUUUUGUUUUAAGGACAGACAGAAGAAAGAUGAUCCAAAACUCCAGGAACUUCUCCCAAAAGCUGUUGACAUAGUUCCUUACCUGCAUGAAAUUGCUUCCACUCUGCAACAAAAAAAUAUGAUAGAUGUUGCCCGUCGCACUGGAAUGUCUGAAGCUGAUAUUGAACAACAUGAGAUAAACCACCCAAGAGAUGUGAAGGAGCAGACCUACAGACUUCUAGUGGAUUGGUCUCAGUCUCAGGGUUUAUAUGAAGCCUAUCCAACUCUCAUAGAGAUACUUCUGGAACUGAAGGCCAAAACAACAGCUGAUCGGAUCAAACAAAUUGUUCAAAGAGAACCAGUCAAAAACAUUUAAAGCUAGCUGUAUAUGGAGAGAUGGUGGUCUAGUGGGUUAAACCACUGAACUGGUAAAUCAAAAGGUUGCUGGUUCGAUCCCAGCAGCCACCAGCAGUGUGUCCUUGAGCAAGACACUUUACUCCAUGUUGCUCCAGGGGGAUUGUCCCUGUAAUAAGUGCACUGUAAGUCGCUUUGGAUAAAAGCGUCUGCCAAAUGACUAAAUGUAAAUGUAAAUGUGGUACAGAUCUGGGAUGACCCAGCACUAAAAGGUGGCUAUUUGUCGGCUAGAAUACGUGCGUUUUCAUUCAUAUACAUUCAGUGCGAAUGCCGCUGAUGUUAGGGUUAGGGGCGGGAUUAGGUUUUUUAUUUUCUGGUAUUUGUACGUUUUUGUACGAUUCACAACAUACUGAUUCAUACGAAAAAGCCAUCUCAUAAAAUCGUUACUAAUUCCAAUGAGUUCAGGUUGGAUCAAAGAUCUUGAGGAUCAAGCCUUGAGGUGUAUUCCCAAUCCUGUUCUUCUCUUAGCCGUUGGUUCCUGUCAGUUUACACACCAUAUUAUUAAUAACAGCAGAAAACACCAAAAAAUAAGGUGAUGCAACCUGGCAUUCUUUAAAGCAUCAGCAUAUUGUAGGUGAAUAUGUAGAGAAGCAUGUUUUUUAGGGAAAUGUGAACAGCAUUCCAUGAGUUAAACCAGCUAAGAGAGCUUUCCUGUAGCUCAGUGGUAAGAGCGUGGCGUUAGCAACGCCAAUGUAAUGAGUUCGAUCCCAGUCAAAAACAAAUGUAUAGUACAAUGCAAUGUUAGUCUGCACAACGCAAGGUUGUGGGUACGAUCCCAGGGGAUUGCAAAUACCUAUGUAAAAAAUAUAUAGGAUAAAGCAAUGUAAGUCGCUUUGGAUAAAAGCGUCUGCCAAAUGCCUAAAUGUAAAUGUAAGUCGCUUUGGGUAAAAGUAAGAAUGUAAGAAGAGUUUCCUAAAUGAGAUUACUCAGUUUAAAAAAAAUCAUGUAUUUUUAUUGUGAUAGUUAGCCGUAUUUAUCUGAGUUAUUAUGGCUUAAAUCGAAAGAAACCAACUUCAGUUUUAUUGAUAUUCAUUGGAAUGCACAGUAAAAAAGCAUUAUUUUGAUGAAAAAAAUUAAUCUCAUUUUGGAAUUAAAUUCUUCAUACUGUAUCCGGUAAUCUUCAAAUGAAUUGUGGAUGUGGCUGUGAUGUAUGUGGACAAACAAGAAAAUCUGUGGAUAGAACAUCACCAGCCCAUAUGUUGACACAUUCAUACAAUUUUGCCCAGAGGACUCGAUACCAUAAGUGCUUUAAAAUAAUAUAAUAAUGUUUAGACAAGAUAACAUUUUCUUAAAAUGAGCUUAGUAUGUAAAUGUCUUCAAGGCGAUUUUUACAUGGUAGGCCUACUGUUUGUAAUGUGUGGAAUGUUUGUAUGUUGCUUCCUGCUAUGUGUUGUAAUAAAAUAGGACACAUUUUCA